GCUCAAGAAGGAGCAGAGAGGUUAUUUUACCUCUGUACUUGCCACGGGUGUGACCGCUGCUGGGAUCCUGUGUCCAGUUCUGGUGCCCGCAGUUCAAGAAGGAUGUUGAUCAGUUGGAGAGGGGUCAGAGAAGAGUCACGAGAAGGGUUAGAAACCCUGCCUGGAGGCUGUUGAGCUGCGCUGGGGUGACCUGGAUCUGAGCUGGCCGGGGUGGAUGGGCAGCCAGCGCUGUAGGCUGCCUGCAUGGCCCCCCCUGUCUGAGCCCCUCACACCAUGGCCAUAGUGCAGACCCAGCCUGUCUCCAUUGAGCCCGCUUCUGAGGCAGCCACCCAGCUCCGCGCCGGCGCCCGCUCACCCGCCUCUGCCCGCAGCGCCAUGGGGAGCGUUAGCAGCCUCAUCUCCGGCCGCCCCUGCCACGAGCGGCCGUGCAAGGCCGCUCCCGGCCCCUUCCAGCAGCAGGACGGGCUGCUCCAGGCCGGCCCCCUCCAGGGCCUGCCCCCCGCCAAGCCCUAUGCCAGUGAGGACUUCUGGCCUGAGGCUGUGUCCCCCGUCAGCCCCUGCAGCGACGCCGAGGAGCCGCGGGACGAUCGGGCUCGGAGCAGCAACAUCCAGGGGCCACCCCCGAGGCUGGUCCCUGUCUCCGGGCAGCUGGAGAAGAACGUUGAGAAGACCCUGAUCCGCCCGACAGCUUUCAAGCCAGUCGUGCCCAGGGGCAGGAACUCCUCGCUGCCGGGCUCCGUGGUGCCGCGGACCGGGGCGUCGGUGGUCCCCGACAGCCAGGCCAGCCUCGCCCACCUGCUGGGUGGCACCGCCGCUGCCAGCACCGAGAAGCACCACUCCUUGAGCUGCCGUCACAGCGCCCACUCAGGCACCCUGUCGGACUCGGGGCGCAAUUCCCUCUCCAGCCUGCCCACCUACAGCACGGGCUGCAGCCAGCCGCCGGAGCCGGGCAGCAUCUCCAUGGGCCACCUCAGCCUGGACAGUCACGGCGGGUACCCGGAGCGGGGCUCCCGGGGCCUGGCUGGCCCCUCCAACUCGGACAGCGGGCGCUCCUCCAGCAAGAGCACGGGGUCCCUGAGCGGGCGGGGCCCCCCCUCCUCCGACGGUGGCUCCUGCGCCCGCUCGCCCGUGGAGGGCGACGAGGCUCUGCUCGUCCGCGAGCUGGAGGAGAAGCUGCGGGAGCGGGAGGCGGAGCUGCAGCACCUGCGCCAGAGCCUAGAUGAGAACGAGGUGGCCAUCUGCCAGGUGUACGAGGAGAAGCAGAAGCGCUGUGAGCAGGAGAUGGAGGAGCUGCGGCAGGGCUACGCCUCCCAGGUCAAGCAGGCGGCGCAGAAGGCCCAGCGCAUGCAGCAGGUGCUGCAGCUGCAGAUCUUCCAGCUGCAGCAGGAGAAGAAGAAGCUGCAGGAGGACUUUGCCCAGCUGCUGCAGGAGCGCGAGCUGCUGGAGAAGAGGUGCGCCUCCUUUGAGCGCGAGCAGACCGAGCUGGGGCCGCGGCUGGAGGAGACCAAGUGGGAGGUGUGCCAGAAGUCGGGUGAGAUCUCCCUGCUGAAGCAACAGCUGAAGGAGUCACAGGCAGAGCUGGCACAGCGGGGCACCGAGAUGCUGCUGCUGCGGGCCCAGCUGCGGGAGGCGCGGGCGGAGCGGCAGGCGGGCGAGGAGCAGGCGCUGGGGCUGCAGGAGGCGGCGCGCACCCGGGCGCUGGAGCUGGAGGUGUGCGAGAACGAGCUGCAGCGCCGGAAGAGCGAGGCCGAGCUGCUGCGGGAGAAGCUGGGCCAGCUGGAGCAGGAGGUGGCGGGGCUGCGGGGGGCGCGGCGCCAGCCCCGCUGCCCGGAGCCGCCCGAGCCCAGCCUGCUGUGGGCCAGCGACGAGGCCAAGGCCCAGCGGCAGGCGGCCGAGACGCUGCAGGGCCUGCGGGCCGAGCUGCUGCAGGAGCGCCGGCGCGGCCAGGAGCAGCGGGCCGCCUUCGAGGCCGAGCGGCUCACCUGGCAGGGCGAGAAGGACCAGGUGAUUGGCUACCAGAAGCAGCUGCAGCACAACUACAUCCAGAUGUACCGGCGCAGCCGGGAGCUGGAGCACCACCUGCACCGGCUCAGCCUGGAGCUGCAGGCCCACCGGCUGGACGAGUGCGGCCUGCACGGGGCCGAGAUCUGCUUCGAAGAGAUCACCGCCACUGAGAUCUGAGCAGGGAGAGUGCCGGCUGCCCCCCGGGCUAGAUGGGGGCUAGCUGGCUGCUUGGGGGGCAGCUGGCAGCGGGGCCCAUGGCUGGUUCAUGGGGGAAUGGAGCUGGGCCUCUGGCUGCUGUAGCCUGAGCGCAGAAAGAGCCGAUUAACAGCUGAUCCCUUUAGCACUCGGGAGGGGAUUAGUGGCACCAGCUUGUAGCUGGCUGGGGGGUGCCAGGAUCAGCCCUCUGCCGUAUGGGCCCUGUCAGCCUACCUGCUGCGCCCCAGAGCCUCCAUCGAGCUGGGCUGGGGGAGGGCGCCCCCCCUGUGCCGGGGAUGGUGGGUCCCUCUGUGGCUGCCAGGCUCGCUGGCUGAGCCGGGCUGGUGUGAGUUCGGUGGCACAGCCCCACAGCAUGUCACCUGCCAGCCUGCUGUGGGGGGGGUUCCCCAGGGGUGGUCUGCGGUGCCAGCUGUGAGAGCAGCGCCCUGGCCCGGCCAUGCUCAUGGGCUGCCCCCCUGGGGGGCCUGCAGGCUGGCAAUUUGCCCAGUCAGUGCAGGGUGCAGCCCAGGGCUUGGGAUCUCCCCGUUUCCUCCUUUUGUGGGCCUGCUCCCUGCAGAGGCUGUGUCAGCGGGCAGGGCACAGGGCAGAAGCCGAGGGGGGGAUGCGCCUUGCGCUUGGACUCACCCGGCAGGGGCUGCCCAGUGAGAAGCGAGCGGGCUGCGAGCAGGGCUGCUCUGCCCUCUGUGUGCAGUCCCCGUGCCCGGCAUCCCCUGCCCACGGCCCAUCGGGCUCAGUGUUCCCUGCACCCAGCCCUCUGCUCUGGGGCAUCCCACCCAGGCAGGCUGCCCCUCUGCGAGCCGAACACCCGGCUUUGCAGGGUUUCCUUUCUGUGCCAUGCAAAUGGGCUCCAUUUGUGUAGGCCCUACAGAAAGGGGUCUGGGCUCCCCGGGUGCAGGAGCAGUUCAUUAGCCGGCGUGAUUCCGCUUCCCAUCCCUCGGCUGGGAGGACGGUGCACCCCCCCCUGCCCUGUGCCUCCUGUUCCCGUGUGCUAAGCUCUGCCCCCCCAGUGCCAGGGGCCUGCUGAACUGUUCUGCUAGCCAGCCCCAGCCUGGCUUUGCCGUUUGCUUCUGACCCACCCUCGGCCUCUGCCUGGCACGUGCCCCCCCACAACCCUGCUGGGAGUACCUCUGCAUGGGGUGCUGCUCACUGCUCCACCCAGCCCCACCCUGUGGCGAGGCAGGGGCAGCCGUGCUGGGGGCGGGGGCAGGGCUGCAUGAUGCUCGGCGGGCAGAGGGCUGGGAUCAGCUGCCCCUUUCCCCCUGGCAUGUCCCAGGGUGCUUGGGGAAUGGCCCCAUGGGCGCUAUGGGGCCAGGCCCUGGACACCAGCUCCCUCUGGGAGGGGAUGCCCCAGCCCGUCCUGCAGGAGUUUCACGUGGAGGGGGCCAUGCAGCAGUGGGAGGCACCCCUCCCCCACUCGUGUGUGUGUGUGUGGGGUCCCUGUGCUGGGAGAGGUGGGGUGGGGGUGGGACGGUGAGUGGGGCAGCACUUGGCCAGACGCCUGCCAGCUCUUGGCUGAGUCACAUCGCCCAUGGGUGCCAGCCCUCGAGGUCGGGCUCCUCCUGGGACCUGCUCAUACCGUGGUGAUACCAAGGUGGGGGCGCAGCAACAUAGGGGAAGCUGGGGGGCGCCAGCCUGCCUUGCUGGAGUGUAGCCGAGGGGCUGGGGCAGCUGCUGUGCCCAGCCUGUGCCCCCCUCUGGGAUCUGCUGUGCCCGGUCUGGCAGCUGCCAUCCCACUGGCAGGGUUCCCAGCCUGACCCGCCCGUCUCUCCAGCUGCAGCCCGAGGGGGUGCAUCUACCUGGGGGAGGAGGGAGCCAUAAAAUACAGGAUUAGAUCAAAUGAUUUAAAAACAGCCCCCCCCUCGUGGGUCCUGGCUGCCCUGGCACGAAGGGCAGGGUUGGCACUAGACCAAAGGAACAUCUGGGCUGUGUCCAUCCCAUUGUUACCGAUCCCCCCCACCACGGGCAGCGCCAGCCAGCGUGGGGUCGGGAGUUUUUACUUUAUUUCUGACCUUGUCUGGUUCUCAGGCUGUGUAAAUUUCUUGUACAAACCGAGAGGAAAGUGCUAAUAAAACCCAUCCCUCUGUUUUUAAGA